AUGACCGGCAGCUUGCUGAUACAAUCCCCCCAGAAACACAGAACACCACAGAAGAAGAAGAAGAAGAAGAAGAAGAAGAAGAAGAAGAAGAAGAAGAAGAAGAAGAAGAAGAAGAAGAAGAAGAAGAAGAAGAAGAAGAAGAAGAAGAAGAAGAAGAAGAAGAAGAGCUCAAAGGAGGUGGAGAUGGGGGUGGAGGAGGAGGGAGAGAUUUCAGCAGGGAAGUUUGAAGCCCAGGCUUCUGCCGUCCAUGUAGUCCUUCCAUAUGUCGAUGAUCCCGAAGCCGGUGAUGGAGAUGGAGCUCAACACCAUGACGGUGCUCAGGGUGAAGAUGAUGAGGGAGGCUCGGCCGUACUUCCCGACGGCUCUUUGGAUGAGGAUCACCCCAGCCAUGGAGGUCACGGAGCAGCCGGCGGCCAUGAGCAGCGCCUGGUUUACCUCCUUCAUCCCCAGCAUCAAGUACUGCAUCGAGGACAUUGA